AUGCAUCCGUAUCGCGGCCGGAGCGGGCCAUCCAGGGCAGUAUCAUCAAACGUGCAAUGCCAGAAGUCACGUCACUACUCAUACGAAUGCAAGGCGGCGCCCCAGGAACGCCCCUAUAUCGCCAGGCCGUCCCGCACACAGCAGCUGUUUAAUCCUAAACUGCUUCCCAAGCUAUCAAGCGAGAAUCCCAAUACCUUGCAGGAGAAAAAAGGUAUAGCCGACGAGGAGCUAGCCAAGCGCGAGGCUGAGAGGGCGCGGAAACGUGAACGUGAGAUGGACGAAGAGGCUGCUUUGAGGGACUCGCCUCCACCCAAGGGCAGGAGGUCGCCCUCUUAUGACUCAAUCUCUAGUAUCUCCACCCGAUCCCCGUCCCCAGCACCGCGACGGAGCCGCAGCCCCCAACAUCGGGGGAGGCGGCGGGACACUCGGAGCCUGUCCUCUCGUGACUCCCAGGAUCGCCGGCGUUCCUAUGGCUCUGCCCAUCGCCACCCUCGAGGGCCCUCGGAGAGCCCAGAGCGUAGCGUCUCAAACAGAAGCAAGCGCCCGCUACGCUCCCCUUCACCACGCCGACGCCGGACUCGCUCUCCUAGCCGCGAACGCGGUGCAAGUUACGACCAUCGGCGCUUUUUUCCUGACCUUGACAACCGUGCAAGGGACUCUUAUGCAAGGCGCACUUAUUCCAGAUCCAGAUCUCCGAUGAUAGAGGAGGAUGGGGGAGACAAACGCGAACCCCGGCGCUACCGUGCCCGGGACGACCACGGCCAGCAUAGAAGAAGCCCGCCGCCACCGCGGCAGCCGUCUCCUCGGCGGGAGAGAAGCCUCAGCCCCUUCAGCAAGCGGUUAGCGCUGACGCAGGCCAUGAACAAGGGUAGAUAG